AAUAAUAGCAACACUGACUCUUGUGUCGUAAAAGGGUGAGUGAACCGCCUCAUUGUUAUUUAUUGCAUUUGUCUCUAAUAAUACAUUAAUUAGCUGUUUUACGGAUACAGCGAGUGCAAUAACAUAGGUCGCGACAGCCAUGCCGAUGUGAGUAAUAUACAAGAGGUGUGGCACGUCGUUGGGGCGUUGUUUCUUGGUGCAGUGACAUUGUUGGUGUGAAAAAUAUUUUGCCUAUCUCGACGCAACAUGACCGAGUACAAAUUGGUAGUGGUAGGUGCCGGAGGCGUCGGUAAAUCCGCAUUGACUAUACAACUUAUACAAAAUCAUUUUGUGGACGAGUAUGAUCCUACGAUUGAGGAUUCGUAUAGGAAACAAGUGGUAAUAGAUGGUGAAACGUGCCUGCUGGAUAUUCUCGAUACGGCGGGCCAAGAGGAAUAUUCCGCGAUGAGGGAUCAGUAUAUGCGGACGGGGGAAGGUUUCCUGCUGGUGUUCGCGGUGAAUAGUGCUAAAAGUUUUGAGGACAUUGGCUCGUAUCGAGAGCAGAUCAAACGCGUGAAGGACGCCGAGGAAGUGCCCAUGGUGCUGGUCGGGAACAAGUGCGACCUGCAGGCGUGGGCGGUCGACAUGACACAGGCCAGAGAAGUGGCGCGGAGUUACGACGUGCCAUUCGUUGAGACGUCAGCUAAGACGCGGAUGGGGGUCGAUGAUGCGUUUUACACUCUAGUCCGCGAGAUCCGCAAGGACAAGGAAAGCCGCGGUAAAAAAUAUAGGAGAGGAAACAAAAGGGGUUCCCGGGCCCCGUUCAAGUGCAUACUACUGUAAAAUAUAAUUAAUGUGCAACUGAUAUUUAUGGAUAUCAUCUAUUAGAGUCCAUUGAACUUCGUUUAGUACUCCACUCGCAAACCAUAUCCUAGUGCUGGAAAUAUUGCUUAAUGGUAAGCUUGUAUUGAUUAUAUUAAGACUAAAUGUUAUUGUCAAUAACAUUUUUUUAUAUAUGACAUAUUUGAUAGUUCAUUGUUGAAACAAUAGAUACAUAUAUAUAGCCAUUUUAUUUCUUGUCUAUGGCCUGAUUAUGUUCCAUCUGUUGCUGACAAUUCUGUUUUGAAGUGUCACGCCUCUAAUUUUUGUAAUUUGUAUUGUAAACUUCUGAGUAUAGUGGAUUUGUUAAAGUUGGGCUCAAAAGAACUUGUAUUCA